AUGGACGUAUCGGCUUGUGGUUUCUUCGAGGAACGUUCAUUUCUUUUAAAGUCCUGGAAAACACUUAGUGCUGAAGAACGCCGACGUUUUGUGGAGCAGUGUAAAAGUUUUCAAGUUGAUUCCGCCAUAUCUGCUUUUGAAAAUUCCAUUACAAAUCAGGGUUUUGUAAAUCUUAGACCUAUUCCAGUUGAUCGCCACAUUGUAUCUUAUAAACUGCCUGCUGAAGAGCUUGAGAAGUAUUGGGAAAAAGGUUUGAAAGCCAUUGCUUUUGGUGAGGUGGCUGCUCUUGUACUCGCUGGCGGCCAGGCAACUCGACUGGGUGCUUCUCAGCCUAAGGGUGUUCUUUCGUUGGGAAUCGACACUGAGUGCGACACCCUUUUUGCACUGCAAGCUUGUCGAAUUUCUCGUCUUCAAAAUCUUGCUCUGCAGAAGUAUCCAGGAUCAUCGCCUAUUAUUCCAUGGUAUGUAAUGACAAGUGCUUCUACAUACGACGACACCUGGUCUUAUUUGGAGAAGAAUGUUUCAAAAUUUGGAAUAUCACUAAAGAAUGUUCACAUAUUUAUGCAGAAUCAGAUGCCUUGUUUUGACAAAAACGGAAACUUUAUACUUGCAGACAAAGCCAAAUUAGCGAUGGCGCCGAACGGAAACGGCGGUUUGUAUGCAGCAUUAGCUCCUUAUAUGGAAUCGAUGAAAAGCAAUGGUAUCAAGUAUGUUCACGUUUAUUGCGUUGACAAUAUUCUCUGCAGAGUCGCUGACCCGUAUUAUAUUGGUUUCUGCAUAGAAAAAAAUGCAGAUUGUGCUGCAAAGGUUGUCGAGAAAGUUGACCCUGAUGAAUCUGUAGGCGUUUUUUGUCUCGAAGACAAAAAAGUACGUUUAGCUGAGUACAGCGAAAUUCAAAAAGAAUAUGCUUGUAGAAAGACCGCUGAUGGUCGUCUAGAAUUCUGUGCCGGCAACAUAGCUAACCAUAUGUUCUCAAUAAACUUUCUUGAAAAAGUGUGCUCUAGCAAUUUUUGCCUUCCAUAUCACAGGGCGUUGAAAAAGAUACCAUACUACGAUGGAGAAAAAAUUGUGAAGCCGUCUUCACCGAACGGCUUUAAACUAGAAUUGUUCUUAACUGAUGUCCUGGAAUAUUCAAAUAACUUUUAUUUAUGGGAGGUUUCUCGUCACAAAGAGUUCAGUCCGCUGAAGAAUGCCGAAGUUGCUAAAAAAGACUGUUUGAGCACCUGUCUGCAAGACCUGCGAGCUGAGCAGAAGCGUUGGCUAAGCGCAAAAGGUGUGGAAAUCAGCGAACAUUCGCGGAUAUUUAUUUCACCGUUAGAUUCUUAUAUGGGAGAGGUACAAGAAUAUCUCUGGACUGCAAAAACUACCUGA